AACAGAAACUGAGUGUGAGGAUGAGGAUCACAGUGGAAUAGUGUAAAAGUGGCAAGCGAGAAGAGCGUAUACCAUACCGUGAUUUUCAAAAUCGUUCUAUAGAGUCGAGUCAUCUCUGAGGAGAAGAACUGCAGGUUGUGUCUCUGGGACAUGGUAAAGGCAAUCAUCAGAUGACCUCAAUCAAAGAGCGUCCCGCCUGCACACCGACACCGUGUGUACGGGGCAAACGGCCAAUGCAUCAAAGCACACUGACUCUUGGCGAUCAGACUAAAUCCAUUUAUUCUACAACACACGCGGAGAGUUUUUCUGGAAGAGGACGUGAUGGUCAAGCUCUGGUCUUUCUGCCCCGAGAUCCAAGUUAUCCCUCUCAGCAUGAUGGAAAGCUGGAUCUUAGUAACAUUCGUGUGUCACAAGGACAGACACACUCCAGAGACGUACAUGGCCCGAAAGACAUCGUACCACAUUACGUCCUACACAGAGUAGGGGUACAGAACAGGACACAAAACCGUGAGGGUUUUGUGAUGAAAGAGGUCACCAACCCCGCUGAGGCCAUGCUGUACCAGACAACAUAUCAAACAGUGCACUGCACCAAUUCUGACAGAUGUCAAACAAAUGAAGCAAGUGGACAACCAGUCCCCUGGCACAGGCAUGAUAUUAUCACAGGAGAGGAGAAGGCUGCAGCUGGGCCUGGACGGGCCAGAAGAGAGUCUGGGGAGAGCAUUCUGUGGGCAGCUCGGCAUUGGGACAUGCACAGCGACUCUUUUCGUUUGUAUUGAACAUGACGCUAAUAAACAACUAAAAAUAACUAAAGAUAGAUACUUCAUUGUGCUGGUUAGGAAUCAAACAAAGUUGUACACUGGUUGUAGAUCUGCUUAGUCCUAUCUGAAGCUAUCCUAACAGUGAGUUGAAGGAACGUUUUUAAGCAUAUUUCAUAAAUUAAUUAUAUUCUGAAGCACAAAUGAGAUUUGAAAAAGAACUGAUCAAAAUUAGAGAACACUUACACAUGUCUUAAAGUUACUGGUGUUAAUCUGGCACCUGGUGCUAGUUUUCUUAAUUAUAUGACAAACUGGCAGCAUUCCUCCAAUUUUCACUGAGAUUACAAGAAGGCGGGCCGCUCUUAAGGUGACUGAAAGCCUGCGUCCAGAAGAAGGCCAAAGUGAUGACCCUUUCAGCCAUUGCAAGAGAAGCUGGUCAUUCUGAAUCUGUGGUUUACAGUGACACUAAUUAAUUCAAGUCCCCCAAAAAGACUGGUUGUCCACAUAAGACAAAUGCACAAGAAGACAGGAUAAUGCAGAGACUCUCAAUGGGGAAUGGGUUCAGCACUGCAGCUGGAAUUGCAAGCCAGUUCAGUGACGAACAGGGUAAAGAUCUGUCUCGGCAUGUUUUAAGAGAGGUUGGACUGAAAGCGCACUCUGCAGUGACUAAAGCCUUUCAUCAGCUGAAAGAAUCAAAAGAUUAAGCUCACCUUUGCUGAGGAGCAUGUUGUGUGAAGAGAGGAGAACUGGUCCAAGAUUCACUUUAAUGUUGAGUUAAGGUUGUAUUCACAGCUGUCUUGUUUGGUUCGACUGAAUCGAACUCAAGUUCGUUUCCUUCCUUGGUGCAGAUCUUUUUGGCAGGUGAGAAUACAGCAAAUUGCACUCAGGUGCGGACCAAACAACCAUUCCGAAACCCAGCUGAACA